AUGGGGUCCAGGGGUGGCGGGGGUUGUGAGACUAAUCCCCAGCCCGCUCCUUCCUCAGACAGCGACCAGUCCUUGCUUUCUGGAGGCGUCUUGGGCCAUUCGGACAGCCCAGAGCUGCUCUUCUGGGUCCAAGCUUACCAGCAAAGUCUCCCACUGCUCGGCCGUUGUUAUGAUGGGGGUAGUGUUAGUGCGGUGGGUGUCAAGGCAGUGCUGAAGGCCCAUUAUGUUUUGAGUGUUUUGUUCACUGUGGACAAGAGGAAGGUGAACUUCUCCGAAGAGGAGCGCGCUCAGCUCAUCGACGUUCCGAAGACUGCCACGGUUCUGCUGGAGUUCUUCAUCAAGCGCGAGAGCAAGGUGUCGCUGAUGCGCGACCCACUGUCUCACUUCUGCCAGGAAGAAGUGGUGCUCCACGCACAGGAGUGCAUGCUCAAGCUGAACAAGCAAGUCAUCACGUACCAGGACCUCCGCGACAUGGUCGAGAAUCUAGUCGGUCUCCACAGCCUUUGCAUCAAGAAGGACCCCGAGGUUGCGAAGGCCCUUGGCGUGACCGUGCGCAAACUGAUCAUCAUCACCGGGGAGGUGGCUUCGUCCCUGGAGAAGAUCGCCGAGGUGUCCGUCACAGACUGGAUGGCCAUCGGGGACGCCAUCAUCACCAAGAUUGAACGGAUGCAACUGACCAAGCCGCAGCCUUUCUCGUCGUUCAUACCAAAGAUCCGCGACUUCCACAGCAUUAAGAUGCUCGGUGCUGGAGGAUUUGGGGCGGUGUACCUGGCAAACUACCGCCCGGCCAACUUUGUGGCCACCGUGAAGCUGGUCAACGUGGACCGUUUCAGCCGGCACAAGCAAGCCGCCAUGGACAAAGUAGUCGCGUCAGUCAUCAGGAAUCCAUUCCUUGUAAAGUACUACAGCUGCUUCUGUGUCAAGGAGGCGUACGUGACCAUCAUGGAGUACAUUGCUGGCCUGGAUCUUAUGCGCGUGGUGACCAAGGAAGAGUACCUGGACAUCGAGUGCUCUCAGAUAAUCAUGGCGCAGCUGAUACUGGCACUGGAACACAUGCAUCUACGCGGCUUCUUGCAUCGGGACAUCAAGGUCUCCAACAUGCUUAUACUGCCUGGCGGCCGGGUGAAAGUCAUCGACUUCGACACGACGAAAGUUUGCAGCGGUCAUUGUGAGAAUAAUUGCACUGUGCUCUCAUUCCAGCGCGUAGUGAUAGAACUAACGCUGCCGCGACGCUUCACUUCAAUUUGCUGCGCGUGCCGGCUUCUCGCAGUUUCCAAACGUCUCCUGCGUGGUUACUUCCGGAGGACGCCGUUCGAAUUUCACGAUGGGGAAUCGGCUGGCACCAUACCUUACAUGGCACCGGAGAUACUGAAGAGGCGUCCGUACGGUCGCGCCGCAGACUGGUGGUCAGCGGGCAUAGUUUUGUACAAGCUUACGACGGGCCGGGUGCCGUUUCGUGGCAAGACGAAGCAGGCCCUGCGCGAGCGCAUCAUCACGUCGCCGCUCAAGUUUCCCCGCACGGAGGACCACCCGCACUCGGCGACGGCACCGGCCAAGGACAUGAUGUACCGCAUGCUCAAGAAGAACCCAGUGGAGCGGCUGGGGUCACGCAAUUACAGCGACCUCAAGACUCACCCGUUCUUCGAGCAGUUCGACUGGCAGAUGCUGUACAACCGGACCAACCUGUGCGAAAUAUCCAGCAUCGCCGAGAUCCUGAAGGCGGACGCGGAGAAGGGAAACGAACCCGACCCGGACGACCAACGACGCCACCUGACCAUUGACGAGAUGACCGACAUCGCCUUCGACACACAGAGACCGCUGCUCUGCUACGCAUCGGGAAGCUUCAAGAAGCUCAUGAACACGGUCAGGGAAAGCAAGACGGCCAUUAAUAUUUCCCCCACAUUCAUGGACACGAGUGGCUUCUCGACCACUCCCGUCGACUACCGCGCCGCCACGCCAGGCCAGAGCAGCAUCAAGACGGGACUCGCGAGCACUGCGAAUGAGAAGAAAGAGGGUCCAAGUUCCAGCAUUGGAAAAGUCGAACUUAUCCUUUUCCGGAAGAAGAAAUACUGGAAAUAUUGGAGCUUCGGUUUUUCGAUGCGCAGAGUGAAAGGCGAAGACGACAACUUUUAUCUCUACGUCGAUGGCGUGAAAAAGGACAGCCCGGCAGACCGGUCUCAGGUGCUUCCCCUGGACGUGAUCCUGAGCGUGAACGGGACCCACGUGGAGGACGUGGCGCAGGCACGCAAGGCUCUGAGCGCGUGCAGCGACCAGCUCGUGCUGUCGGUGAUGUCGUCGAGCACGUACCGCGUACUCACCUCGCGCCGUGACAUGAUGAGCCUGAUACGCUGCCUGCCCAAGGAAACCGCGGUGCUGAAGAGCAUGCCCUUCUCCUGCAUCACGGGAAUGCCGUACGGCUUGGGCGUCAUUGACGUCAGCGUGUGGGACGACAAGGCGAAGCGCUUCACCACAGUCUUCGUGCUUACCCACACCGACGUGACGCCGGUGGGCAGUGAUACGGUGUACCCGGGCGACGUGCUGGCGCAAAUCGACGGCGUCAACCUGGAGGGCCUCAUGCGCGACCAGGUGAUGCAGAUGCUGAACACGACGAGCGGCGACGUCACAGUGUCCGUGGUGCCGAUGUCGCCCAUGCGUGUGCGCCGCAUCCUCGUGAGCAAGCUGCACGAGACGGUGAUGACCGACACCAACGUGGCCAGCCGCACCACCGGGGCUGACAUCGAGUCGCUGUGAAUGGGCGCAGCAGCUGGUGUCGUCGUCGCCUAUAGGCUGCAACCGUCCAUGUAGACUCCAAGGUCGUUGUUAGGGCCACAAUGAGAUCCUUGCGAUAGACUCGUUCCAAAAAUAAGGCUUCGAGAGGAAGCCGCAGAUGCCACUGCAGCGAAGCGCCCAAGGAUACCACCGCUUAGCGCUUGACCAAUAUUGCAGCUGCGCUCAAUAGCUGCGUACCGCUCGACGAUUAUCGGCGGUGAAAUAUCGCACAGUGCAGAGCUAUGAUGGCCUGCGCAUAUGUUGGCGUAGUAUUGUACUUUAGCGCAUACACGACUGUUUCGAUACUUGGUGUUACUUAGACUUGUGUCUUGUAAGAUUGUUGUUCGCGGACGGCGUUCAGGAUUUAGUAUUAAUUAUAUUUACCAAUCUCACUGCCCUAAAUGCGCUGUGCUCCCAGGACAUCAUUAUAAGUACGAGACGAGUAAAAAGAGGUAGUCUUGAAUUUCAUAUUGGAUGGCUCCUUUAUUAAGAGCAAAUGCAAAUAAAGUAAUAGCGAAUGCUUGCCGUUUAAUAAAGAACGUAACACUGUUUCACAAAGGUGUAAAAUAC